AUGCCGUUCUCCCGCUACCUCGGCAACGGCCAGGACAGCCACGACGACCAGGACGCGGUAGAUCACAAUGUCACCUUUUCCUCGCACGUUCAGUUCCAGCUCCCCAAUCUCAUCCUCAACGCGCCAACCGUCCCUCCCGGUGGAGGCGCGGAGGCCCUCCCCGCUGGAUUCUACCCGCCCGCGUCGUCCUCGUCUCUCGCCUGGUUCUCAGCCCAGGAAGGCUACCCCAACCCGUUCUCCCUCCAGGCCGCUGCCGCUGCCGCCAAUUACCACCAUCCGCCACCACUCUCCGCUGCGUCCCCUCACUCGGCUACAUCGCCAUCGUACAACCUUCCAUACGUUCACGACGUAAGUGCCCACCACCCUUUCCGCCCCGACCUUCCCAUCUCCAUCCCUUCCGCUCUCGGUCUGCCCGUCUACUCUGCCUCAGGCUUCGAUAUCCUCUCCAUCCUCGCCCGCGUUGUCCACCGUCCGUACCCCAAGAUCUCCCUAGGCCCCGUAGACCUUUCCUGCUCCUUCGUAGUCACAGACACACGCCGCUUCGACUCUCCAAUCGUAUAUGCCUCCCCUACGUUCUUCAAGCUCACUGGGUACGAUGAACACGAAGUCGUCGGUCGCAAUUGCCGUUUCCUCCAGUCUCCCGGCGGCCAUCUUCAGCGUGGUCAAGAGCGUCACCACACUUCCCAAGACGCCGUCGCCCAUCUCCGCAAAAAUAUCAUUGCGGACAAGGAGUGUCAAGUCUCCAUCAUCAACUAUCGUAAAGAUGGCUCCGCCUUCAUCAACAUGGUGUCAGUCAUUCCCAUCCGUGGCGGCGUUCUUAACCACCCAGACGAGGCAGACGAUAUCAUUUUCCACGUUGGAUUUCAGGUUGAUCUUUCCGAGCAGCCAAAGGCUAUCCUCGGCAAACUCAAAGACGGCACCUAUCUUGUGAACUACUCCGACAAGGCUACCUCUGCAUCUCCCACCUCGGCUCGGGACUGGCGCGCUUCUUCCAUGUCCAUGCGGGGCGUGUCAAAGGACCUCCGUGCUCUCCUCGCGAACCACGCCUUCCUCAAUUCUUUCCAGCUUUCCACAUCCACGCAUGCUUCCACCGCUGUUGCCCUUACCACCAACCCCGCGGAGCCCAUCGCCCUCGAUCCCUAUGACGGUAACAAACCCGUCCACAUGAUCCUUCUCGACCGCUCCCCAGACUUUCUCCACGUAGUCUCUCUCAAGGGCGCCUUCCUUUACGCUGCCCCAGCCGUUCGCACUGUGCUCGGUUACGACCCGGACGAGCUCGUGGGCCGGUCUCUGACAGACUUCUGCCAUCCCGCCGACUGCGUGCCCCUCAUGCGUGAACUUAAAGAGGCCUCGGCCACUCCGGGUUCCGGCGGCGUCCCCACCGGCGCCUCUCCUUCGCCAUCCGCUUCGGCGGGGAUGAACACGAGUGCCGACAGUCCUCCCCACGCGCCUACUGGCAAUUCUCCGCGCUCCGUCAAUCUGCUCUUCCGUAUGCAGACCAAGACGCGCGGUUACGUGUGGAUAGAGUGCCGCGGUAGGCUUCACAUCGAGCCUGGCAAAGGCCGCAAGGCGAUUAUUCUCAGUGGCCGCCUCAGGAAUCUGCCCUACCUCGAAUGGGGACCCGUCUCCCGUGCCGGUGGACUCGUUGCACCUCUGUACAAGUCUCUCCCUGCGCCGAUCGCGACCACCUUGGACGGACAGUCGGGCAUGGGCGAUCGACCGCCAGAGCGUGAGUUCUGGGGCAUGGUGAGUACCGCCGGCACCUUCCUCUGCGUGGGCGCCGCCGUUCGGGACGUCCUCGGCUGGGGUGCAGGCGAAGUCAUCGGAAAGCCGAUCGCGGACAUUGUGAGCGGCAAGUCCGCGCAGGAUAUCCGCAUGGCGGUCGAUGUCGAGAUGGCAAAGGUGCUCGCGGACACGGGCGGGAACGAGAGCGCCGGGCUCGCAUGCGAGGUCCAUACCAAGGAGCGCGGGACCGUCUCCGCACACGUCGUGCUCUACCGCUCGCGGCAGCAGCAGCCUACCGCCGCCGAGGAGCCCGCAGCAGGGACCAGCGGCGGUGAUACCAUGGCGUAUGCUCCUGUCGUGUGCCAGGUGAAGCUGUGCGAGGGGAGCGCGCCGCCGCCGACGGGCGCGGUCGUCCACGCACACGAGGACAGCGUGUUCGCAGAGACGGAGCUCGACCGCGGGAGCAGCUGGCAGUACGAACUCCAGCAGCUCAAGUUUAGGAACCAGCGCCUCGUCGAGGAGGUCGUCGCGCUCGAGGCCGCCAUCACGAAGAAAAUGCGGCGGAGGCAGUCGCUCGGCGCGAUCCACGCGGCCGGCGCGUCGUCGUCCGCCGUCGUGGGCCUCGGGAUCAGCGCGACGGCGCGGAACGCGGCGGCCGCGCGCAUGUACCCGCACCCCGCGUCGGGCAUGCAGCCGCAGCCGCCCGCGCAGGUCUCGCAGCCGCUGAACGUGCGCUUCGUGUCGGGCAGCCAGGGCGUGCCUAUCAUACGUCCGCCCACGCGGCCCCAUCCUCAGUCGCAUCCUCAGUCGCAUCCGCAUCCCGGCUCCUCUGCGCUGCCCCCGACGCCGCAGACGCAGAUGAUGCACCCGCAGACGCCGUCGCCGUCGAUGACGCACACGGCCCCGUCCGCGUACGUGCAACAGGCGUAUGCGCCGCGCGUAAGGCAUUCGCUCGACUCGGCGCUGCAGGGCUGGAGCGAGUACGCGUACGAGUCGCGGCCGGAGGGCGGCGGCGGCGGUGGCGGAGGGCAGGGUAUGGGCGGUGGCGGGACGGGGAUGACGAGCUCGCGCGCGACGAGCUUUACCACUGGGAACGUGCCGAUGAAACGGACGUGGGACAGCUCUGUGCGGGAUCAUGGCGGGGGCGCGAGCGGCGGCGAGUAGGUGGAUGGCUAGCAGUGUUGUCGUUUGCUCUCUGCGUUUCGUGUUCGUUGUGCUCUCCCUUCUGCAUCUGUUUCUCGGUUCGUGUGUUUCGAUUAGCGCGAGAGCGCGUGUGUGUCUCCGUUGUACAUCAUGCAUCGUAAUCCGGGCGCACCUACAUAUAGGGCUGGCUAUGUAUAGUGUAUACACGCCGGCGGUGGAUAUGGAUAUGGAUCCUGAGCUUC